CCGGAGAACCGGAUGUAGUGUCAGAAGGGGAGAAGGCAAACUGAUAUUUUCGUUUAAUGCAGCCUACUAUUAGUCUGUGAGCUAUUCGAGUGUCAUAUGAAAUGUGUUAUUGUAUUCGUGGAUGGUCUUCGUCGACAUGAGCUUUGUUUAGGAUGUCAAGGGAGGACAUUAAACUUGCCGGUGGAUAAAGACGUCUCAUACAUUUCCAUAUUCUCUGUCUUAGGCUUUCGAAUGUCUUUGACACUGACAGCUAUGAGUGACAGCGCCAUAACCAGCAGGCACCAACAGUGGUCAGGGGUUGGGCAAACGCAGCCCCCUCCCCGUGGCCCCUAUAUCUCAGUCAUCACCAACAGAACCACCAACCUUGUGAUAAGAGGAGCCUUGCUGUUCUCUGUGGGUGUCUUCCUGGCACUGGUGCUGAACUUACUUCAAGUACAGAGGAACGUCACUCUCUUUCCCCCUGAUGUCAUCAGCAGUAUCUUCUCUUCCGCCUGGUGGGUGCCACCCUGCUGUGGCAUGGCCUCAGCAAUGAUUGGACUGCUGUACCCCUGCAUCGACAGACAUCUGGGUGAGCCACACAAGUUCAAGCGAGAAUGGUCAAGUGUGAUGCGCUGUGUGGCUGUGUUUGUGGGAAUCAACCACGCGAGUGCUAAAGUGGACUUUGCCAACAACAUCCAGCUGUCUCUGACUUUGGCAGCGCUCUCCAUUGGUCUGUGGUGGACAUUUGACCGCUCACGAAGCGGUUUCGGCUUGGGGAUCAGCAUAGCCCUGCUGGCAACACUGGCCACUCAACUCCUGGUUUACAAUGGAGUCUUUCAGUACACUUCUCCAGAUUUCCUUUACAUUCGAUCCUGGUUACCUUGUAUCUUCUUUGCAGGGGUGAUAACAAUGGGGAACAUAGGACGGCAGCUAGCCUUGUAUGAAUAUAAGUUCAUUCAAGAAAAGACCCAUCAGGACUGAGGAAUCACUUGGUUCCAUUUGGCCUCUACUCACAAUGGCAUUGUCUCUGUACCAACCUGAAGCAAGUUACAGGUUAUCAGAGAAAAUCUAAGGCUUACACCAGACCAGGACCCAGCCAUGUCAAAUGAGCCCCACUCCUGAUUGGCUGCCCAUUGCUUUUCGUUGGACCAGACAGUAUUUUUGAAUGGUUUUCAUCAGGCCAUUCAGAGCUUGGAGCGGUUAGUGGCUACAGUGUAACGUGAGCUGAGGUGAACAGUGAGAGAAUUUGUUGUGUUUUUUCUUUGGUGCAGUUCAUCUUUACUCAUCUGGAAAGAGAUUAGCAGCCAAGCGUAUGUUGUUCUUCAGAUCAGCUCAGAUGCUAAAAAUCUUUGGCUACAUUAUGCCAAACAAACUCUUAUCACCUACGUCUGUCAAAUCCUUCCUGAAUCAGUGGAGAACAUGCAACUUAUUGAAUUUAUAUCGAGAAAGAUAUGCAUUUACACCAGACCUUAUAUUGUAUGUAAUUAGCUUAUAUCUAUACUUAAACUUUCUUGAUAAGGGAAGGAUGCUGUGUACUGUAUAUGCAGUGUUCACCUUCAGAGGAUUUUUCGUCCUAACCACACUGAUACGUACAGUAUCAUUGGAUUCAAAUGAAAGUUAAAAUUAAUAAAGACAGCUUUUUUAUUGACUGCAAAUCUCUGAGGUUGGAAGUGAAUUUGUUUCAUCCAGACAUGACAACACUUUAAAUCACAUUAAGAAAUUUUCUCAGGAAAUCACAUUAAUGUUUUUAAAUACGUUCCUAAAUUCAGGGAACAACAUUAUAGCCAUCUCAGUUAGUUGCCUGUUAAAAUGGUUAAAAUGGUUAAAAAGCAAUGUUCACUUUGCCCCAAAAAAUUUGAAUGCCAAAUUUCGCAGCUUAUUGUCUUCUUUCACCACUUGAUUGAAACUUGUUGGAUUCCUUUUUAAACCAUCAGACAGUAUCAAUUCUAAUUCUUAAUGAUGUUGUCAAAUAUACAUUAAAUAAAAUAUGUGUUGUAAGAUUGUAUAGACAAACGUUUACUGGACAUGCACAUUGGAUUUCUUUGCUUUGAGUUGAGUUGAAUAAUUCACUAUAGAAGAACUGACUUUAAUGGAGGAAUACUUUGUUGAUCUUGCCCACAGUCUUAAGCAUUUAUUUAUUAUGUAUGAUUGUGUGAUUUAAAUGGACAUUUUAUCACAAUUUCUUAGGGAUAAAAAAUGAAUACAAUUUGCAUUACCGCAAAUUAAAUCAGAACCAAUCAAAUCUGUGUUUUUGUCUUGUUCCAAAAUAUGUUUGAUGGUCUGGAGAACAUUUUUAGAGCAGCAUAUUUUAAAUCAGCAUUGUUUAACUUUUGUCGAAUAUGAGAAAUUGUUUGAAUUCCUUAAAGGGAUAGUUCACCCAAAUAUGAAAAUGCACUCAUCAUCUACUCACUACUAUGCCGAUAGAGGGGUGGGUUAAGAGUCCAUAAAACACCUCUGGAAUCUCAGGGGUAAACUUUGUUGCAGCAGAGUUCAAUAUAAUUGAAGUCAAUGGUGACAUAGACUUCAGACGUAAUAUAACAACAGAAAAAACACAACACUGCUCCAUACUGCUCAUGUGGUGGCAUCCCAGUGUCCGCAAGCCCCGACAUUCAUAUUAGACUCGAAACAAAGUAAUUUACACAAUUUUUUAAGCCUAAAAGUCUACCGGAAGUGGCUAAGUUAGUGGACGUAGCUACAAGAUGGUGUGUCCAAGGAUCCGUAAAUGCACCUCCUAGGAAGAUAUUUGCGGGCUAAAAACUUUGGGUAAACGACCUUGUUUCAAUUCGAAUAUUAAUGUCAGGGCUUGCAAACACUUGAAUGACACCACACGAGCAGUAUGGAGGCCUGUUAUGUUUUUUACAUCAAAAGUCUCAGUCACCAGUAACUUCAAUUGUGUUGGAUACUGCUGCAACGCUGUUUACCCUUGAAACCCCAGAAGUAUUUUGUGGACUCAACGAUUCACUCACCCCUCCAUCUGCAUAGUGGUGAGAAGAUAAUGGGUGAAUUAAAUAUUUUGGUGAACUAUCCCUUUAUAAACUUAUUGUAUAAUGUUUUUUUUUUUUUAAUUGUUGCAAUCAUUUAAACAUCUUCUGAAACUUGAACUAAAUUUUGAAAUCAAUUUCUUGGAUGUAAUAAAAACUGAAAUUUGGUAACUGC